AGACCCCGACAACUAGGGCAGAGCGCCGUGGGGAGAUCGAGGGGAUGCGAGCCGUGGGGUAGGUUAAUAAUACUAUUGCUCCCCGCUCCCCACACAGGAGGGGUUCCCGAAAUUCUUUUGACAAGCUCAAGGAAAAACCUGCCCCGCAAUCACAAUACCAAGGCCCAGCCAAGGCGCCCACUUGCGACUUCAAGAUCAGCAUCCCCCGGGCAACAAUGGCAUCCAAGGUGAUCAUCGUCACCGGCGCAAGCCGCGGUAUUGGUCUUGCUGUGGCCAAGUGGCUGUUGGCAGCCUCUCAUCGCGUCAUUCUUGUCUCCAGGUCCGCCGAGCAGCUUGAAGAGCUCAAGGCGCGCUAUCCAUCUCAGGUUGCAUAUCUCGCGGCUGAUAUGACUGUCGCUGACACAGCUUGGAGAGCCACGGAACUCGCCGUCCUCACGUUCGGCAGAGUCGAUGGAGUUGUGGUCAACCAUGGCGUCCUAUCCCCGAUGACUCGCAUCGAGGAUGCGUCCGUUGAGGAGUGGAGAAAACUUUACGAGGCGAACUUCUUCAGCGCACUUGCACUAGUGAAGGAGACCAUCCCUCAACUGCGGGCCGCCAAGGGUCGGAUCGUGUUCGUGUCCUCGGGCGCCGCCACCAGCGCUUAUACGUCCUGGGGAGCGUACGGUUCUUCCAAGGCGGCCCUAAACUCACUUGCUCGGCAUGUUGCAGUCGAGGAGCCAGACAUCACCGCGGUGGCAAUCAGCCCGGGUCGCGUUGACACCGACAUGCAAAAGGAGCUCCGGGAGAAGGGCGGCGCGGCGAUGUCGAAGGAGGACUACGAGACUUUCAAGUCCGACUUCGAAGAAGGAAGGCUGAUCAAGCCCGAGCAAGCCGGCGGGAUCAUUGCGAAACUCGCGGUGGACGCCAAACCGGGGCUUUCUGGGAAGUACUUCAAGUGGGAUGCGCCGGAGUUGGUUGAAUAUCGCCAGUAGCUGUGGGGCCACAAAACAUGUGUCUGCUCAUCAGGUCAGCGGUGAA